AUGCAAUGUCCAAAUUGUGGCAGUGAUAAACAAAUCAUUAAUGACAUUGAUAGUUCCGUUUGUUGUUCUCAAUGUGGUCUAGUUCAUGAGCAAAACAUUCUUAGUACAGAAUCUACAUGUCCAGAUGAUGUUAUUCCAUUGUCCAUUGCUGAAGCUGCUGAAAAGACGAAUAAAAGAGAAACAGAAUUUGUAAAUCAAUUUAGAGUAACCGCAGCUUAUUUUGAAUUCCCACAAGAUCUUAUUACAAGUGGGAAACAGAUUAUAAAGGAAAAUGUUUCUGAAUUUAGUAAUAGAUAUGUACCAGAGGUAGCCAUCUGCGUUGCGUUUUUAGUAAGUCGUAAAUGGAAACCUGAAUGGGAUUUGAACGAUUUUAUAGAAAACUUUACGUUACCACUUGAUAUAAUUCAAGUUAGAAAGGCGUAUUUUACGAUUACAAAACGACAGCCUUCUCAAGUUCAUAUUUGGAAAAGGACAUCAGAACAAGUUGAUUAUUUCAUAGAUCGUGUCUAUACAGCGAUUAUAAAUCAAUUGAAUAGGGUGAGUCGUGUAGGAAAGAAGGAGAAGCAGAAGAAGCCGUUCUUUACAAUCGAACAACUUGCAGAAAAGACAAAGGCAUUGAUAGAGCUAGGCGAAUUAUAUGGUCUAAACCUAGCACAAAAGGCGCGACCGACGAUCACCGUAACCGCCAUCCUUUCUGGCUUAUGUCUCUUUGUUGAGCUAGGGAUAGCGGGUCGUAAACGUGGAAGGAUAUCAUGUACACACCAUCUGCGCCUGGCCGACUUUCUUCCCUUGUGUUUUUCAGGAUUGGCUUCAUUCCUGUCACGAUACGCUGAAUAUGUUGAUUUUUUAUUUGCAUGUGCAAAGAAUAUUGGAUGGAUAAAGGGAGCUUCAAGAAAGUAUGUACAUUAUUAUUUAAGUGACAUCCUAGAGACCUUUGGCCAACAGGAUAAGGAGGAGCCACCGAUGAUGACGUUAAGACCCGAACAGUAUACGAUUGGCGUAUUUAGGAAAAGUAAGGAGUUACAUGAGCAAAUAGAAAAUGAUCUCAGGCUAGUUCAAGAACAUAUUGAAAACCGGACACGACCCGACAGCAAGAAGGACCCUACAAAAUUUGCACUAUAUAAAUUAAAGAGUUAUGGGUUUAAAGACCAAGAUAUCCUGAAUUGGACACCAGGAUAUAUUCGAAGUAUGGCUAAUUCUCUUCAAUUCCGCGAGGACUAUGGAGAUGUCUAUUGUUUUGCACAAGCUAAUUUAGACAGAAAAGAAGUAGAUGAACAAGAUAUGAAUGAUGAAGAAAUUGAACUUUAUUUAUAUUAAAUAAAUUAUAUAAUCAAUAUGCUUGAAAGUAACAUAUUGGAAAGAAAAGAAGAGAGAUGAGAAUACUGUUUACUAUAUAAAACGACAAUUACUCUAAGAUAACGUAGAU